AUGAACAAAACCACAUCGCCAAUCACCAAAUCCGCUGGUUCAGCAGCAGCCAUUCUACCUGGCCCACCAAGGAAACCGUCAGCUGAGGUACGGCCCAAUUCUCGGGUCCGAAAUGCGCCCAGAUCUACCACACCUGCCGAUUUUACGAGUGAAAGGGCGACAGUGGCAUUAGUCCGUCGAGUACUCUGCGCCCAGGUAACACCUGCACAUGGCUCAGAGCAACGAGAACGAGGUACUCCCCGGCCAUUAGAGGAGUUACUGCCUCCUCUAACGAGCUCCAACGAAGUCGACCUCCAGCUUUAUGCUUUGAUUGCGAUCAUCAUGAAGGAAUUCGUUUACUCGUGGUAUUCCAAGAUCACUCCAGAUCAUGGGUUUACCGAGGAAAUCAUACAGGUGAUUGCCCAUUGUACACGUUCUCUAGAGCAGCGGUUACGACAGGUGGAUGUAACUUCUCUUCUCUUGGACGAGAUUCCCUCAUUGAUUGAGGCGCAUGUCAUUGCAUAUCGUGUGGCGGAUCAAAGCGCAGUGGCAAUCCAGUCACAAUCCCAGCUUCGAACGGCCUACCACGCCCUGAAUCCUCACCCGUCCCUCUCGCCUGUACCGGACGCGCUAGACCCUGCGCUUGCCGAACAGCAGCAGCUAAACGAAUCCAUUUAUUGCCAGAUGCUAGCACAAGGAGUAUUGGCUGUUCUUCUCCCCACUGAAGACUUGGAAAAUGUAUGCUUACGGACAUUGGUGGGCGACAUUCUGGCGGAUCUUCUCCUUGGUGAGAUAGUAGGAGGCAAAGUUGCGCAGAGUUGGUUUCUUUGGGAGAUUAUUACAAAAAUCGCCAGAGAAAUAAACCCUGACGCGAGUCAAGAUGCGGGGAUAGAGCCAAUAAAGAAGAAAAGCCGGCUGGAGAGCUUUGGUCUUCUCUCCAGUCAGACCGAAACUCCGGAUGGCUAUCCUGCCCCGAAACGCAAAUCGUCUGUAUCCGAUAUAUUUUGGAAACUAUUGCAGUAUGUGUAUCUGGGGUAUUUGGCAAUUCGAUUCGUUCUUCUCGAGUUUGUUCAGGUGGCAUCGCGCUCGUCGUUUACCCCCGCUCGAGGAUCCGUGUCAAAGAAAACGUCGAGAAAUAGCGCAGGCGACGCCGAAUCCCGGCCCAGUAGAGACGCUGCGCGACGUCCCUUUAUUCAGUACCGGAUUUUUAACCUAGCGGCGCAACUAUUUGAUGUUCCAAGACGGAUGCCAUGGCUGGGAGGGUCCUUCUCUUUGGUUCAGCACCUGCUGCUGGAAGGCCCGGGGAGAUUCGGGAAGACAGACGGGUAUAUCGAUAGCUUCCUUUGCCAGACAAUCCCAAAGCAUCUAUUCACGCCAUCGUUGCUACCAUAUCUGCUGCUUGCGGUCCGGACCACGGUGUUUCCCUCCAACACUCGCCCCCCAUCUUCAGGGGUCGUCGACAUCGGAGGUUUGGGCGCCAGCCAAGAUGGCACCGUCUCAGUGCCCCUGGGCGCGUCCACUUCCUCGCGUAACGCACCCCAGCUCGAACAACUUCAAUCCGAUCCAGGAUUAUUGGAGAACGCCAAACUAAACUCUGUUAAACGUGCAUGUGCAAGAAGCCUCCGCCAACUAAUUCCAAGGCGCAUCGGACUGGCCAUCUUCGGCAUUCCAAGCUCAGAGCAUCUUGAUGACGCCACCGGUUUAAGCGCCGAGGGCAGCCAUCACCCCGCUUCGCUCGAUAUGACCAUUCCAGCCUGUGCCGCGACUGCCCCGCUGCCUCCAAUAGGUGUCGGUUUCAAUCCUUCCACACCAUUUUCGGGCGCAACGGCUGAAACUGGGCCGAGCAGCAACAGUGAUUUACAACCAGGCUAUUCCAUCCCUCACCCCACAACAGCGCCGUCCCUAAAUGCCGGGUUAACAAUGAACUUGAAAUCAAACCUGUCUUCGCUUCGAGAACGACAGGAUGAACAGCUUCUCUGUGCUAUUGAGCGGGAUGUGCUCGAUCUUUUCUCAGAUUCGUAUUGUAACAAACAUCUCGUCUAUUCCAUUGUUGAAGCCGUGUUGAUUAAGCUCAUUCCUGAGUUAACGGAACAUACCGUUGGAGAGCUCAUGGCCGAGCGUGGCUUACAAGAGUGGGCGGGGCAAAGCAUGGAUCAGAACCCUUAG